CCCCACACUGACAUCAUUCCACUGUUUCAAGAUCUGCCAUGGCACUCUUUGCCUACUUGGAGCAAGCAGAUGCUGAUGAGGGUGUGGAGAUCGACGAAUCGAAAUGCUCGGCAAGCUGCAACGCAGAUGAUGCCUGGCUUGGUGUCCGGGGACGACCCGGUGUUUUGAAAGGCUGGAUUCUGACUUUGGCACAAGACGACGAUGUGUUCAACUGAGUUCAAGGAGGGGCAGUGCUUUAUUGUCCCGUGGACUUGGAACAUCGCCAAAUUCCAUGGGCAGGUGCGUAUCAGUACGAGGUAGAGCUCAAAAAUGAGUGCCUACUGAGAGUCGGAUGGGCUGCUCUUGAAGGGCGUCGCGCUUUGGGCACCGACGAGCGCUCAUUUGGAUAUGGCGGAACGGGCAUGAAGUCCAACUGUGGCCGAUUUGAGAAGUAUGGCGAAGUCUUUGAAGCGCAGACGGGUGCAGUGGUGACGUGUUUGUUAGAUCGCCGAGAGCCCCGCCGCUCCAGCAUAAGCUAUUGCUUGAAUGGCCGCUCUUUGGGUGUAGCCUUUAGAUUGCCGCCAUGGUUGGCUGAUGUCCCGCUUUUCCCAGCGAUUUGCGGUCGCGAGGACUGGAAGGCCAUUUGUCGCUUUCAAGAUCUGCGCUUCCCGCAUGGUGGCUUUUCGUGCCUGGAAGAAGCAAACCGUGGCCAUGUGGCAGAUGAUGGGGGUGCUGCCAGCGCUGCGGCAGCUGUGUUUGCAGCAGCCCCGUUUGUGGAGGAGCGAGAACUCAAGCAGCUGGACGUGCCAGAUGAGAAUUUAGUGGAGCUGCGUUCGGAUGAUGGCAUUGACGAGAGGGAGUUGAAAUCGUGGCUCAUUCACGAGUACGGAAUUAGUAGUGCUGACUUCCAUGCUGAGUUUGCCGAGAAGAUGUGCAUCGCAGUCUUGGCUUUCACAAGCCAUCGAGUCGCGCGCAGUAUGUUACACGCACCACCACCAGGUCUUCAAGUUAGCUUGAGGCCAGCCUUCAGCGAGGAGGCGCAGAAGAUUUUGGCGCUGCGGAGACCUGACAAGGCGGCCACAACCGAUGUAGUCGCCAGGCGACUCAUUGCAGGUGCCUUGGAUGGGGAUGUCAAGCUGACCAAAGAGCAGCUGCGUCAGAUCCGAGUGAAGAAAUCAAAUACCAACAGCGUGUCCAACCGGAAAGUGCCACCUGCUCCGAAGAUGCCAACGCUGGAGACAGACACUGAGUCUGGGUCCAGUUCCGAUCAGAUGUCUCAGGCAGUGCCAGCUGCAAAGCGGGCUGCAAAGCCUGCAGCUGCAGAGCCAGCGGCUGCAGAGCCGGCGCUGCCUGCGAAGAGACAGGGUGAGGGGCGAGCAGACACCAGGCCAAAGGAAUCACGCAGCAACCCAGCAGGGGGACGCUUGUUGGCUGGUGCACUGCGCGGCGUGAUGGGGGAAAGGCCUCGUCGCUCCGUGAAGUCGCACGAAGAAGGUGAUGCACCAGAGCGCAGGGGCCCACGCAACGCAUUGUGGAGCUAAAAGUUGGCGCUGCAGCGGAUUA